AUGGACACAAGUGCGGCCAAGAGCAAACAGGAGCAACUGAAGCCUCGCUUGCCCAACUUCCUGGCGCAGCUCGUCGCGGCGGGAACAGAGCCGCGGCAGAAGGGUCCGCAUUUGGAGAUGGCCGCGUCGUGCCACGUCUAUGGGCUGCGGGAUGCACGAAGCCGUUGUAACCACUGCGGCUGGCUCAACUCGGUGUGGGAUGCCAUCGGAUCUUCGAUCCAAGGAAACACGCGGAAUGAGGGACACAGCUGCAUCUCCUGCAACAAGUGUCAAGCCGUCCAUGAGCCCACCCUGACACUGCGAAAGAGGUUGCCGCGUGCCGUGAUCGAUCGAUCUCACAGUGAGUUGAGCAUCUCAACGGUGGGCGACCUCUCGACGCAGAUCCACUUGUUGAACCUCAAGGUGUGCCUGGAUCGCAUCACGUCCCGGCAGCUGGACGAAUUGACGGAGGAGAAGCUGUUGGAAGAAGAUCCAGAGGUUUACUGGUGCCUCCAUCUCUUCUAUGGCCUUCGAGCGGAAGUCUUUUGGCGGAAAGGCUCUGAUGCUCCAGUGCUUUUGGCCUCCACAGGCUUCCACUCCAUGUGCAGGAGUUUGGCAGCUGCCAAGAAGCAGGAGGCGAAGAGAGCCUCGUUGUCAGGGGCCGCCCCUGCCGAACGCAGUCAGGCAAGGUUGCCAACGGCGCCAAGACAGGCCGAGGAGUUCAGCGAUCUCGCGCUGAAGAGCUCCACUCGUCGGAACAAGAGCGUCGAGCGCUCCGUGGAGUUCUUCGAGGAAGAAGGCCCCAAUGGCCGCGCGGCCAGCCGGCGACCGGCGAUGCGCAGGGUGACGUUGAAGGACAUCGGCGAAGUGUGCAUCGUGCCGCAAGAAGACGAAGAUGAGGAGGACUCAGAGGAGAGUGGUGUUGAGAAGAGCGGUCGGCGAGCGGCAGAGGGUGAGGUGUCCUUCGUCCAUGUGAACAUGGAGGUGCGCCUGGAGCCGCUCGACCUGCCGGAGCAGCGUCCACUCUUGACCCAGCGGCCGCGUGCUCCUCCUGAGCUGCCGCAACGGCGACGGCGGUCGCCCCGCCGAGGUGUUCCAUCGCCGCGCGCGCUGAAGGAGAACUCUUUGAGCAGCUCACCGCAUGCGAACGAGCAGAGUCCGAGUGGACGUUCCGUCUCCCGGUCACCGAAGACCGCGACGGCGACUCCCGUCACUCAGAGAUCAAGGCCACGACGUGUACAGAAUCCCUUAGUGGUGGCCCGCUUUCGACCAAAGUGUCGAUUGCAGAACGGGGAGGGCUACGCGAAGGACAAGCACCUUCGCAAGGUGCUUCCGAGAAGAGCUGCAGACCUGGUGGCAGCCAAAGGGCUUUUGGUGGCGGGCGGUUCCCUCGAAGAACAGUUGGUGUCUGAGAUCGCUGGCCUUUCCCGCCGCAUCGAUGAUUUGCAACAGUUAAUGACAAAGCAGUCUAGCCCAAGAAGGGCAGGGCGCUGA